GGCUCCGCUGCGCAGCUCGCCGGCCCCCACAGCGGCACCAUGAAGGCUCUGCUGCUCGCCGCGCUGGCUGCGGUGCUGUGCGUGGAGAAAGCCCAUGCGCUGAUCUGCUUUUCGUGCUCGGAUGCAUCCUCCAACUGGGCCUGUCUGAAGCCUGUCAAGUGCGGGGAGAAUGAAAACCACUGCGUGACAACGUAUGUCGGAGUGGGAAUCGGCAGCAAGUCUGGGCAGUCCAUCUCGAAAGGAUGCUCUCCAAUCUGCCCCAGCGCCGGGAUUAACCUCGGCAUAGCAGCAGCCUCUGUCUACUGCUGCGACUCCUUCCUGUGCAACAUCAGUGGUUCCAGCAGCGUGAAAGCCAGCUACACGAUCCUGGCCUUGGGCAUCCUGGUCAGCUUCGCCUAUGUCCUCAGGGCUCGAGAGUGAUGGGGCCGGGCUAGGAAGACCCGACGCCCUGGGCACGUCCUGCACAGAGCGGCGCUUCGGUGGCCGGUGGUGCCCCGUCUUCCAAGUGCCCAUCUCAGAUCUCAUUAGCCAAUAUCUUCUCUGUCGCUGUCCACAAGGAGACCCUGUGCUUCUCAGCAGGCCUCAAAGAUGAUUGUUUCCCAGACUUCAUGCUCUUUCAGCAUCAGAGACCUGGGAGGUUUGGACUGGACAGUUCUCCUCCUGCUGUGGACAUACCCCACUGCACUCUUACACCUCCUGGCAAAAGGUGGAUUGUUUUGGAAGAGUUUCUGCUUUUAUACCUGUUACCCCUGGUUUCUAAGAUUGAUUAAGACAAGAUUAGGACUCGACAAGAAACAGUUAUCCACAAGCAUCACUAAACCCAGUGUUUAGACGUUCCUGCCUCUGCAGAGGUUGCUGGUGUUGCCAUGUCCCAGCACGAGGCCACUGGGAAUGCAUGACCCAAGGUGGGGACGUGUUCCUGGCCUCUGCAGCUGGAGUCUCUUUUUUAAAUAAUGUCAUUUUUUCUU